AUGCUCCCUCGCUGCUAUGCUCCCUCGCUGCUAUGCUCCCGCGCUGCUAUGCUCCCUCACUGCCAUGCUCCCUCGCUGCUAUGCUCCCUCGCUGCUAUGCUCCCGCGCUGCUAUGCUCCCACGCUGCUAUGCUCUCUCGCUGCUAUUCCUCUUUUCUGGCUUCGUUCACACCCCGUCCCUAAAUGCACACUGCUGGCUCAAUACUCAACCCAACUUAAUCCCCCCCUGGCAGCGCGGGUGCUGGAGGAGUGCGCUGCAGCAUGGGGCUCCUACGAGUGGGGCUAUGGUGCAAACGUCUUCCCUCCGCCUGAGUGGCGGGUGGGGGGCGACUGUGACACGGCGGAUCUAAUCAGAUGCGACGCCAACGGGCUCAUUAUUGAAAUGUGGAUCGACAACUCGCCCAUCCCUGAUUCGCGAUAUGGUGACGGAAGUCUGCGGCACAACGACUUAGAGGGCUCCAUCCCGGCAUCCUUCAGCAUGCUCACCUCGCUCGUCUACCUCAUUGGGCAGAGCAGCAUGGGGCAGAGCAGCAUGGGGCAGAGCAGCAUGGGGCAGAGCAGCAUGGGGCAGAGCAGCAUGGGGCAGAGCAGCAUGGGGCAGAGCAGCAUGGGGCAGAGCAGCAUGGGGCAGAGCAGCACGGGGCAGAGCAGCAUGGGGCAGAGCAGCAUUGGGCAGAGCAGCAUCCUGUCUGGUGCCAUUCCACCUGGCAUAGGCGCCCUCACGGCCCUACGAGAGCUGGGUCUCUCCGACAACCAGCUGUCUGGUGUUAUUCCCCCCGCCAUAGGCGCCCUCACAUCCCUUUCGUACCUGUGA